AUGUCUGACGAUAAAGGCUACAUUGUCACUUUAAAAGAUGACACUUCAGAUAAGGAAGCUGAAUCAAUUAAAAACAAGAUUAAAGAUUUAGGAGGCAAGAUUACUAAUGAAUUUAGCUUGAUUAAAGGGUUUUCAAUCAAGUUGCCAAAGAUUCAUGCUGAUUCAUUGCAUAAGGAGAGUCCAAACAUUGCUAGUGUUGAAGAAGAUAAGGAAGUACACACUCAAUAA